AUGCGCCACAAUGCAAAACGCUCCCUCGAGGAGAUUGUCAACAAGUCCGACUCAGAUGACGAAGACUGGAGCGGUGGCGACGAUCGCCCUGCUCGUCGCACCGCGCGCAAGUCCAAAUCGAGCCCUCAAAAGAAGUCACGCCCCGCUAAGAAGCGCCAACGUCGUGCUUCUGAUAUCGUGUCCGAUGAUGCCAGUCUCAGUAGUGAGGAGCUUUCCAGCGUGGAUGCGUCUGAGUCCGAGGAGGAAGAUUCGGAUGAUCCCAAUAUCCCUCGCAAUGCGCGAGGAACCGCACGUCGACGAGCCACCCAAAGCCGACCACUUUACGAAGAGCCAUCCGAUGACGAGGAGUCGCCUGCAGAUGAUGAGGACGAAGAUGGGAAAUCCGCGAUUGUCCCACCAAGCCCGCUGAAAAGCACCAUCGUCAAACUAAAAGUCCCACGUGCGGUUCUCCAAGAGGCACAGCUCAACAGCAGAAGGGUCACUCGCCGUACGCGCGGAGCUUCAGAAGAUAUGUAUGCUUUGACAAAUUCAGGUCACCACAUGCAGACCGUCGAACGAGGUACUCUUAGUCCAGAGGCACAACUUGGACAUGGCACCCGUCGAUUCAGCCGAGCAUCGAAGCAACCUGUGAUCCACGAGGAGAGCAUUGAGACGAGCGUUGUUCAAGAAGGCUCUUUAGAGAUUCUAGAGAGUGAUUUCCCCCAGAGUGGUGCUGAAGGCGAUACAACAAUGGCCAACGACGCAGACCAGGCCGAUGUUGAUAUGGCUCAUGAUUCGGGCGUGGUCCCCGAAUCAGAGAGUGAAGAUGCUAAAAUUGAAGAUGAUGAUGAAGAUGAGGACGACGAAGGUCCUAUCACCCGCCGACGGAGCCGACCUACUCGCAACGAACAUGAGGCAGAACCUGAGUCGGAGGAAAAACAGGAAGUUGAGCCGUCUGGUCGACCUCGCCGAUCUGGUCGUAAGAAACCAUCUCGAAGCUCACAGCAAAAAGGGGAAGAGAGUGACUUCGAGCCCGAGGAAGGUGACGGGGAGGAAGACGAGGAUGAUUCAGACUCUGUUCACUCCAGCGGCUCGCCUCGCAAGGGUAGCCGAGCUCUUGAGGAGGAAGAAAGUGUCGUUGGCCGUCGUCCUGGCCUGCGAAAGCGCCCCGAACGGUCACGUGGUACCUCUUACACUGCUGAUGAGGCCGAAGAGCUUGCUGAUGAGCUUGAAGACUUGAAGGGCUCUAGAAAGACCAGGCGCCAAGCUGUUGCGGAAAAAGUUAUCUACGAAAAACCGACACGUACUCGCAAACAUGUGGAUUAUCGUCUCUUCCGCCCGGAGAUCAUGUUCAACCCUGAGGAGAACGAUCAAGAUGGAGCGACUGAGUCUCCAUCUCGCCGUGGGCGCGGCGGCGGUGGCGCCGGCUGGCAGCGCAACCUGCUCCCGACGUUUGGACCAUUCGGCGGUGCUGGUCAAUCGUCGAUCCUUGGACCUCACGGUGCAGCUGCUACGACUGGAGGUGUGGACAGCGACAGCAGUGACGACGAAGGACAGGCCAAAAUUAACGGGCUUGCACCUGGUGGUGGUAUCCUUGCUCCUCAGGUUCAUGCAGGCGAUGCCCAAGGCCUCUCUGGCACACCUGCCAACUUCGGCAAAAUCAAGGACAAGCAGUCCUUGGCCGAUGCGGAUCCACUUGGAGUUGAUAUGAAUGUCAACUUUGACAGUGUGGGAGGUUUGCAAGGCCACAUAGACCAGCUGAAAGAGAUGGUUUCUCUUCCCUUGUUAUAUCCGGAGAUCUUCCAACGCUUCCACAUAACGCCUCCCCGGGGUGUCUUGUUCCAUGGACCUCCUGGUACCGGAAAGACGCUUUUGGCUCGUGCCCUGGCAAAUAGUGUGAGUUCAGAGGGUCGCAAGGUGACGUUUUACAUGCGAAAGGGCGCAGAUGCAUUGAGCAAAUGGGUUGGUGAGGCUGAGCGUCAACUGCGACUUUUGUUCGAAGAGGCUCGCAAGACUCAGCCUAGUAUCAUUUUUUUCGAUGAGAUCGAUGGACUGGCUCCUGUCCGAUCUAGCAAACAGGAACAAAUCCAUGCCUCAAUUGUCUCAACUCUUCUGGCGCUGAUGGAUGGCAUGGACGGUCGUGGUCAAGUGAUUGUCAUCGGUGCUACGAACCGGCCUGACUCUGUCGAUCCUGCUCUUCGUCGUCCUGGUCGCUUCGAUCGCGAAUUCUACUUCCCAUUGCCGAACCUUGAUGGCCGACGUGCCAUCCUCGACAUUCAUACCAAGGGCUGGGACCCUGCUCUCCCGAAGGAUAUCAAGGACGAGCUAGCCAAAAUCACCAAAGGCUACGGAGGUGCUGACCUCCGAGCCCUUUGCACGGAAGCCGCUCUUAAUGCAGUGCAGCGAAAAUAUCCCCAGAUUUACAAGUCGGAUAAGAAGCUCAUCAUUGAUCCAAAGACCAUCGAUGUGAUUCCCAAGGACUUCAUGCUUGCAGUCAAGAAGAUGGUUCCUUCCUCUGAACGUUCCACCGCAUCUGGUGCAUCCUCGUUGCCUCAAAACGUGGAGCCUCUGCUUCGCCGGUCUUUGAUUCAAAUUGAGUCUUCGCUUUCGGAGGUUCUCCCCCAGCGAAAGAAACUCACAGCACUCGAGGAAGCUCAAUUCGAGGAACUCGACGACGGGAACGGAUUCAAGCGAGAGCAAAUGAUCCAGGAAUUCGAUCGGUCGCGUGUCUUCCGACCACGUCUGCUUCUUCGAGGUGGACACGGAAUGGGCCAGCAGUACCUUGCAGCCGCUCUGCUCCAUCAUUUCGAAGGGCUGCAUGUUCAAGCAUUCGAUCUCCCUACUUUGCUCAGCGACUCCACGCGGUCACCCGAAGCAACGGUCAUUCAGCUCUUCUCGGAAGUUAAGCGACACAAGCCCAGUGUAAUUUACAUCCCAAGUAUCCAGACGUGGGCUGAGACGGUUGGUCCAGCUGUCAUCUCUACAUUCCUCGGUCUCCUGCAGUCAAUACCUGCAUCUGACCCAGUUUUGUUGCUCGGUGUCCUUGAGUCAACAGACGAUGAGAUGGAUCCAGUUCUGCUGAAGAAGAUGUUCGGAUUCUCCAAGAAGAACUUGUUUGACAUCCAAGCCCCGGAUCACACUGCUCGCUAUGAAUUCUUCUCCAAGCUCGUCGAAUACAUCAAAACCCCUCCGGCUAACUUCCCCGACCCUGAGAAUCGCAAGAAGCGCCAGCUCGAGGAAUUAGAGGUCGCUCCACCCCCUCCCCCACAAGCUGAGGCGCAGAUGACCAAGGAGCAACUAAAGGCUCAGAAGAAGAAGGAUCGGCACAUUCUCAACUGUCUGAAGAUUCGCAUCCAGCCGAUCAUGGAGCAGCUGAGGAAGUACAAGCGUUUCCGUUCUGGCGUGGUUGAUGAAAACACCAUUCGGUACUUGUGGGAGGAAGAGCACCCUGACAUUGUGACUAGUGAUUUACCUCCUGAUCAGCAAGGGUUUGAGCGCCCAUAUGAGAAGGCUUUCGACAAGCACGGUGUGGUCGGUCUUCGCGAGGCUGCCACUGGUCGGUUCUUCUACAACCUGGACAUCGUCAUUAUUGAGAAGCGCCUCUCGAAUGGCUACUAUAAGCGUCCCUCCGACUUUCUGGCCGAUGUCAAGCGCAUCGCAAAGGACGCUCGUCAAUUAGGGGACGCUGAGAAAGCCAUGCGAGCGAAUGAGAUGCUGGCGAACGUCGAAGUUGAUAUCGCUAACAUCGAUCUCACCGACCCUGUCCUCGUUGCAGAAUGCGAAAAUGUCUACCAGCGUGAACUUGCUCGUGAGAAGGCGGCAGCUGAGUGUGCUCGCGCCGAACAGAGUCAGCCUUCCCGACCUGGUACAGGAAAUUUGCCACAUGGGAAUACCGAGUCCGGCCCGUCCACUGGACCUGUUCAUCUAGGCGUACCUUCUUCUGACAAUCAGGCCGCUGAACGUCCGUUCACCCCGACACGAGAAUCGCAUGUGAGCUUCACGAAUGGUGAUCACAACGGGUACCACAAUGGUGGUGGGUCAGAUCUCAACGAGAAUGACCGUCAUUUCCAGAGCAACGGCACUCAUGGCGAUGUUGAUGGUGAUGUUUUCAUGUCCAACUCUGAGGGUCACUCUGGCAGCAAAGACACUGUGACCAGCUCGUUCGGUCCGUCCGCUCAGCCCAAGCCUGCUUACUCUCACACGGCACCAUCUCAGCAGGUCCGCCGAGAGUCUGGUUUGUCGAGUUUCUCGCAGAAGGAUCCAAUGACACCAAUGGCACCUGGAUCUCAGCCCGCGGAUUACAUCAACGAGGCUUCUACUACACAGUCCACGUCUGAAAAGAAAUCAUCAGAGCAGCUAUCCAACCACCAUUACCAGAGGAGUCCUCAUGUGUCCCGACUUGAAUAUCCCGAUCUCACGCAAUACCCCGAUCGGAUAUCUCAGGAGGAACACCUGCCAGACACUCAGCAAGGAGGCAGCAGCCAACCUUCUCCCAAGUACCAGGCAGACGACAAUGCCACCGUGCAUGGUAUCCAGUCCCAAUCCAAGCCUCAGCCUCCUCUCUUCGGCGAGUCUGCCAAGCCAGCCGCCAGUGCUUCCGCCAACCUGCAACAAUUGCUCAACGAGGAGCCAGCACCCGAGCUGAUCAUUGACCUCGGGUACGUUGAUCAUCUGCAUGAUCAACUCACCCAGCAGACCAGUGGGUGCUCGGUUGAGCAGCUAGAGCAAGUCGCCACCUGCCUGAUGGACUACAUAUGGCGCAAGCGCGGCGAAUGGGACCGCACUGCUGUUGCUAAAGGCCUUACCGAUGAGUUUAACGCCGUUCUUGAUGACAUGCAAACCAUGCAGGAGAUCGGUCCCAUCAGCCAUAAUACCAAGCAGCGGAUGGGCAAUCCCAGCUACUCUCAGUGA